GUAGAGAACUUUCAGAUCGGUCGUACAUUUUAAUAUGCCUUUUACGAAAGUCAGAAUUAAAAAUGUAUUCAAGAAAAGACAUAUACUGUAUGAGAAAAGACAAUUAAACCUUAAAAAGAUAUUAUCAUUUAAUUUUUUUAUUCAAUGAAUCUGAUUUGGUGGGCCCCCUGUCAAUCUAGGAGGGCCUGUACCACCCAGGCCCACCCAUGAUUUGGCCCCUGGUGUCAAGGGUGGUAAGAGUCAUGAUCUCCCGGAGUGAGAACACACACACACAUACACCUACAGUGUGUGUGUGUGUGUGUGUGUGUGUGUGUGUGUGAGUGAGUGUAUGUUUAUGUACAUGCCUGUGUCUAAACUACACACCCUAAAAAUUUUUGGCAAGUUUUUCUGUGAGUUUUUGUUUGUUGACGUCCUUGACUGUGUGUCUUUGUGUGUCCUCACGCACGGCUGUGCACCGGCCUAGAGGUGCUAGCGGUGACCGUGCCUGCUGAGCAAUCGUCGUGAUCCCCCCCAUCCUUUGGGUCAUUACAUUUCCUCCACAACGAAGUUAGGCUGGUUAUGUAGUGAGGGUGGGCUCUCUCUCUCUCUCUCUCUCUCUCUCUCUCUCUCGUUCUCUCGUUCUCUCUCCCUCUCUCUCUCUCUCUCUCUCUCUCUCCGUCGCCCCCUCUCUCCCUGGGGCCCUAUGUUGAUUGGCUAGAUGAGGGCAGCCUGGGAGAGGAGGGGAGCCGUGCUUGAGGAUCCACAGGCGCUUCGAGGCGGGGAAACGCUUGGGUCAACAGGGAGUUCCUCACGGAGGAGAGACACAUCCCACCCCUCGUGCAGCGCCGGUGGGAUUCAUCCGAGAGUCUCCAACCAACAGCACCUUCUCAGAGACCAUGACUUGGGACGGACAUACCGGCCGGCAGACGCAUGGAAGUGAAGUUAAGUGGAACCCUACUGGAGGAUGGCUCUUGGACAACGUCCCCUGCUGAGGGCUGGAAGGGAAGAGGAGGAGGAUUACGAGGAAGACUGACCUCAAACGAAAGGGCUUGACGAGGAACUCUUCCUCUUGCACACCAGAGGCGUGUGGAGGUGUUUGUGUGUUUGUGUGUGUGUGUGUGUGUGUGUGUGUGUGUGUGUGUGUGUGUGUGUGUGUGUGUGUGUGUGUGUGUGUGUGUGUGUGUGUGUGCGUGUGUGUAGAGGUGUGUGUGUGUGAAGAUUAAUCAUUGAAGACCAAACCGGGAAGUCAGAGCUGUGCGUUGUUCUGUACUAUCUAGAUCGAGUUGUGUUUCCCCCGAUCGUGUUGAGAAAGUCGUCAUCGAGGAGGCACCGUGAGGUGCGGAGCGUCGGGAACAGGAUGGAGCUCGAGUGAGGACGUUGAGGCGGACGAAGGUGUCGCUCGGCAAAGGGAGGAGAAGACACAACAACCGCGAGGAUUCAGAGAACCUCACGAGGAACCAAAGUGACCACCGCCACCAGGCCGAUGCUGCUGCCGCUGCCCUCCCCCGGCAGGAGGUCGUGGAGGGGGGCUCCGGGGGGGGACGCUCUGCUGCUGCUGACCCUCCUCGGCUUGCUCUGCAGCCCACAGGUGGAGGGUUCUGUACUGGAGGGUUUGGUUGCCAAACGGACUCAAUAUUUGGAAAACUGCAUCAAAACUCUCGAAACGAUUCCAAAAACUGGAAUCUGCAACGGCAGCUUUGACAUGUUUGUGUGUUGGCCCCAUUCUCCAGCCGGGAAGGUUUCUGUCCCGUGUCCCUCUUACCUACCGUGGAUCAAUAAUGAGAGCUCCAGGAGUGUGCACCGGGAGUGUCUGGAGGACGGGAGCUGGCGUCGGAAGGAGAACUCCUCGGACCUCUGGAGGGACCAGUCCGAGUGCCAGGGGACAAACCCUUACCAAGAGGAGGCAGAUAUGGUGCCCCUUCAUAGUGCCCUCAGAGUGGUGUCCCUUGUGGGCUACUCCCUCUCCCUCUGCUCCCUCUCCCUGGCUACCCUCCUCAUGGCCUUGUUCAGGAAGCUGCACUGCACCAGGAACUACAUCCACAUGAACCUGUUUGGCUCCUUCAUCCUGAGAGCCCUGUCCGUCAUCCUGAAGGAGCUGCUCUUGCACAUCCUGUACAACAGGACGUUCACCAACGACGCAGGCUGGAAUUCCUACUACAACUCUGCGACGGCGGUGAUGUGCAGGGUGGCCCGGGUGGCCAUGGAGUACUUUGUGGCGUGCAACUACUUCUGGCUGCUGGUGGAGGCCAUCUUCCUUCACACGCUCCUCUUCACCGCCGUCCUCACCAAGAGACGCCUGCUGAAGAGAUACAUGUUCCUGGGAUGGGUGACUCCAGUGUUGUUCGUGACGCCGUGGACCGCGAUCAAGAUUCAGUACGAGAACAGAGGAUGCUGGGGUGAAAAUGAGAAUCCAGGGUUCUGGUGGAUUAUCCAGGGCCCGAUUACGCUAGCUAUACUGAUCAUUUUCUUGAUCUUCAUCAAGAUCCUGAUGCUGCUCCUGUCCAAGCUUAAAGCAGAUCAGGGGAAGUUCACAGACUACAGAUACAGCUUGCUGCGCGCUACGCUGAUCCUGUUUGCUCUGCUGGGCAUCCACGAGGUGGUGUUCACCGUGCUGUAUGCUGAGAGCUUGGAUGGGAGCGCUCGCUACGCUAGGAACUUCAUCAAUCUCACGCUCUGCUCCUUCCAGGGGUUUGUGGUUGCUGUGUUGUACUGCUUCGCCAAUGGAGAGGUCCAAGCAGAGCUGAAGAAACGCUGGCAGCUCUUCCUCUUCACCAACCGCUUCCAGUUCAGGAGCUGCCUCCGGGCCACGCCCCUCAAGCACCUGUGGAAGUGCUCCAGGGGGCGCGGCCCGCACCACUCCCAGCAGCAGAGCGAAUCGUGCGACGAGGGGGGCGGGGCUUCCACCUCCACCACCACCACGUCCAUAAACCCCCACCUGCUGCAGGUGGCUGUCCACGGCGGCUGCGGGUCCCCCUCGUCCUUAGAGGGCGAGGUCAAAGGGCAGAGGGCGCACAGGUUAAGCUGCAAGAGGCCGUCCAGCAGCGACGUAGAGAUGACCCAGGGAGAGACACUGGAGGAGAUUAUGGAGGAGGAGGUGGCGUUCUGAAGCCUCCAUCACCGUCUUUGUACAGCCAACACCGCCCGUAUAGACACAUCACCGCAUCCUGAUGGAGGUCGUCAUGAGUUCCCGUUGCGUUUCUCUCCGCUGGUCGGUCUGGCCUAGAGCCCCACUGGAAGGAUCUCUGAAAACGAUCCCGACACUGAGGAUGAUGAACUCAUCAGGGCUACGGGGGAGUAUCGGUUCAUGAGGAAGCGAGGAAUGCCGCCGUUUGCAAAAAAAAUUCCAAAACAAUGGCGCUGGCCAAGAACAGGGAGGAUGGAGCGAAUAACGAUGUUUAAAGAUGAGCGUCCAUUUGCACGGAAGGCUUCUCUCAGAGGAGGAAAACAGUAGGUGCGUUUCCAUCCCCCUAAUUUAAUGGGAACUUUGAAGUAUCGAAUUAGUAAACGGUGAUGGAAACACCAAAAUUUGCAUCAAAAUCCUCCAAUUCGCAAAAAAGUUUAUCCGCUCGCUUGAGGUGGUUUUUGAGAAAUGAGAAACAGAGUAAAUUCGCAAAAUGGGAGAUGGAAACACAUUUUGCGAAUCAGCUGUGACGUAGCGAACUUUGAACACACAGGACUGACAGUAUUUCCGAUUUCCUCAUAACGACCGGCCAUAGCAACCCUGCCGACAUCAACGUGUAACGUCAUCACCCUAUUCUGCUCCAACCACUUGAUGGAAACGCACCUAAUUCGAAUUACUUUUUUGCGAACUUUCUAAAGAUUCGCAUCACCUUUUAGAUUGAAACGCAGCUAAUGAUACAUUCCUACUAAUAGCAGAAACCCUUCGUGUUGUGUCCGAACCUCCAGCGGGACAAAUUAAUGGAAAGAUGUUAAAAGUGUCUAUUAUCGCUUAAUAUAUGUCUUGCAAUGUGAAGCCAGUCAAAAAUAAUAAUCUGUACAUCAAUAGAUAUGGAUUGAUCAUAUAUGAAUACAAUGUAUUUGUCUUUUUUGGAAAAAUUGUGAAUAUGUAAAAACAAUUAAUAUAAGUACAGAAUAUGUGUUGCAAAUGUCACAUGCUUAUGUAUAUUUUAUACGUAUAUAUGUAUGGAUGUGUGUUUGUGUGUAUAUUGAAGGCAUUUUGUGAAGAAGUUAGACGAUAUCUUGUAUUUCCAGUUAUGUCCUGUGUAGCUUACGGCAAAAACCAACCUUGUCUGGGAUGUAUCAAUGUGCAAAAAUCAAAUAAAAGAACCAUGUCAGUUGCUACCAAGAACCAUUACUGUCUAACAAUAAAGCAUUUACAGGCAUUUAAUCCAA